AUGAACACAAGACUUGACAUAAACGCAAGACUAGACAUAAACACUAAAUUAAACAUAAACACAAGAUUAGACUUAAACACAAGACUAGACAUAAACACAAGAUAAGACAUAAAAACUAGAUUAAACAUAAACACAAGAUUAAACAUAAACACAACAUUAAAUUUAAACACUAGAUUAAACGUAAACACAAGAUUAGACAUAAAUACAAGAUUGGAAAUAAACACAAGAUUAGACAUAAACACUAGACUUGACAUAAACACAAGAUUAGACAUAAACACAAGAUUAGACAUAAACACAAGAUUAGACAUAAACACAAGAUUAGACAUGAACACAAGAUUAGACUUAAACACAAGACUAGACAUAUACACAAUAUUUUACAUAAAUACAAGAUUAGAAAUAAGCACAAGAUUAGAUAUAAACACAAGAUUAGAUACAAACAUAAAACUAGACUUAAACACAAGAUUAGAUUUAAACAUAAGACUAGACAUAAAUACAAGAACUGCCUGGCUCUACGCUGCUCAUCGUAAAUGUCACACCACGGACAGGCACUACGCCUCACACACCACUUAUGCCUCAAGCUAUACAUAG